GUGCUGGAGGAGCAGCAAGGAGGGACCCAGACCCUGCAGCCAGCUCAGGGCACACACUGGCAGAGCAGACACCUUCUGCACACUUGGGGUUUGUUUUCCCCCAGAGAGCUGCGGUCGUGAGGCUGAGGCUGGGCCAUGGACCCCUUGCAGGAGGUGUUCCAGAAGGUGGAGAAGAUCGGGGAGGGCACCUACGGCGUGGUGUACAAGGCUCGCAACAAGCGCACGGGGCAGCUGGUGGCCCUCAAGAAGAUCCGCCUGGACUCGGAGACAGAGGGUGUCCCCAGCACCGCGAUCAGAGAAAUCUCACUGCUGAAGGAGCUGCAGCACCCCAACAUAGUCAGGCUCUUAGAUGUCUUACACAGCCAGAAGAAGCUCUAUUUGGUGUUUGAGUAUCUAAAUCAGGACCUGAAGAAAUACAUGGACUCUUCUCGAACUGGAGAGAUUCCUUUAAGCUUGGUCAAGAACUACCUAUUCCAGCUGCUCCAGGGUGUGAGCUUCUGCCACUCGCACAGGGUGAUCCACAGGGACUUGAAGCCACAGAACUUGCUCAUUAACGAAGCAGGAGCAAUCAAGCUGGCUGAUUUUGGACUGGCAAGAGCUUUUGGAGUCCCCCUGCGCACAUACACUCAUGAGGUGGUGACUCUGUGGUACCGAGCCCCUGAAAUCCUGCUGGGAUGCAAAUACUACUCAACUGCUGUGGAUAUCUGGAGCAUCGGCUGCAUCUUUGCAGAAAUGGUGACCAGGAAGGCUCUGUUUCCAGGGGACUCUGAGAUUGAUCAGCUCUUCCGGAUCUUUCGCACCCUGGGCACUCCCACCGAGGCGAGCUGGCCCGGGGUCACCCAGCUGCCUGACUACAAGAGGGACUUUCCCCGGUGGGCAAGGAAGGAGAUGAAAGACAUUGUUCCCAACUUAGAUCGAGAUGGUAGAGACCUACUGGUGCAAUUGCUCCUCUACGACCCCAGCAGGCGCAUCUCAGCCAAGGCAGCCCUCAGUCACUGCUACUUCCUCCGGAGAAGCCCUCGGAGUCCUGAAGAGCAACGUGUGCUGCAGAGACGCUGCAGAUAAGAAGACACAGCUCUCCUGGUUCGCUUGCACCUCUGGGUAGCAGUGCAAGCCUGGUUCUGGGCACUCAGGGCCUCCCCUCUCCUGAGAAACCUGGAGUGGGAUGUUCUUGCGUUUAGAGACUCUCAGCCUGUUGCUGGGGGCAAGUUUGUCUGGGUUACAGCCAGCAGAGCUGUCUUGAAGAGGCCCUGUGCAGAAGAGCGGGGAUAUUUAUCAGCAUAAAACACUGACAUGUAGGUAGGCGAGAGAGCAUCUUCCAGAAGGGUAUCCUUGCAUUGUUCAUCAAGCUGAGGUAACGCUCAGUGAACUCAAUCUGCCCAGCACCGGGGCGUUCCCAGGUCUGUCGGUGGCAGUGCCUGACGCCAGGGCGUGCUGGAGCUCUGCUGUGGGCAGGGAAGUGCUUCUCUGCUGCUGUUACCUCAGCCUGGGCUUGUCAGCACUAGGCAAAUUAUUUAAUCUGAGGUGUUACCAGAGCUGACAUUCUGCUGC